AUGACCACUCCUGUGUCUGUAACCAGAAUUAAUCCAAGGACACCCAUGAUUACCACUGCUGCAGCUUCAACUACCUACCAGCCAGCAACCAGUACAGCCACUGGAAAUAUCAAAGCGGCUACAAGCACCACAGAUGGCUUAACCACUAUUACAACUCCAUCCACAGAUGGAAUAAGGGCACCAACUACCAGCCCUGCUGCAACCUCAAUUGCCCAAACAAGUACACUUGCGGCUGCCACCUCUGAUGCAACCUCUACAGUAAGUCCCAAUACCAGCCCUGUUGGUACUACCUCAGCACCUACAACAACGUCACUCGUUAAAACAUCUACAGCCUUGGUCACCUCCCUCCCUCAUGUGACCACAACAGCUAUUUUGACCUCCACUUCCAUGCCUACCGCAUCCACUUUCAACCUCGCGAUGUCAACUGCCUCCCAAACCUCAAGUGGUGCCAUCCUUGGAGAGACUUCGACAGCAAUCCAAGUAUCAAUUGCUGGUGAGACGUCAACAGCAGCUCCCACCUCUUCUCCUGGAGUAACCUUAACAGGAACAACCGCGCUCAACCUUUUUGAAACAGCUGUGCAAAUGUCAACUGCUGGUGAGACCUUGACAGUAGCUCCAAUAUCUACCCCUGUUGCUGCAUCAGCAGCAGUUGCCACCCCCACCCUUCAAGAGAUGUUGACAGCUGUCCAAACGUCAACUGCUGGCGAGAGAUCGACGACAGCGUCCGUCUCCAUACCUGUUGUAACGUCAGCAGCAACUGCCAUCUCCACCCUUGGUGAGACAUCGAGAAGAGCUGCUCCCCCCUCCACCCUUGGGGACAUGUCGACAGCAGCUCCCAUAUCCUCAUCUGCUGCGGCAUCUGCCACCUCCAACCUCGCAACUGCCACCUCCACCCUCUGUAAGACGUCGAUAACGGCUGCUCCCAUGUCCACCCUUGGUGCGGUACCAACAACAGCUGCUCCCACCUCCACCCUUGGAGAGACAUCAACAGUUGCCCAAAAGUCGACUGCUGGUGAGACAUUGACAAUUCCCAUCACCACACUUGAUACUUCAGCCGCCUCCACCCUCGAUGAGAGGUUGGCAACAGAUGCUGCGACUUCAACACUUAGUGAGACGUCCGCAACAGCCACUUCUGCCUCCACCCCCACCCUUCGAGAGAUAACAGUGGCAACAGGUGCUGCGGCUUCCAGCCCUGGAGAGACAAGAGCAACAACAGCUGUGGCCUCCACCCUCAAUGAGGAGACGACUUCAGCAACAGCCGCUUCCACCUCCACUCUCGGAGAGACAAUGUUGGCAACAGCUGCUGUGGCCUCUACCCCUGGAGAGACAACAUCGGCAACAGCCGUUACUGCCUCCAGCCCUGGAGAGUCUGUGUCAGCAACAGGUGCUACUGCCUCCACCCUUGGAGAGAUGACAUCGGCAACAGCUGCUGUGGGCUCCACCCUCAGUGAGACGGUGGCAACAGCCACUCCCGCUUCUACCCUCGGACAGGAGAUGACUGCAACAGCCGCUUCUGCCUCCACCCUCGGAGAGACCACAAUGGCAACAGCCGCUUCCGCCUCCACCCUCGGAGAGACGGCAUCGGCAACAGCUGCUCCUGCCUCCACCCCCGGAGAGACCACAACAGCAACAGCCACUCCUGCCACCACCCUCAGAGAGGAGACAACGAUGUCAACAGCCGCUUCCGCCUCCACUCUCAGUGAGACAGUGACUACAGCCGCUGCUGCCUCCACCUCCGGUGAGAUGACCUCAGCAACAGCCGCUCCUGCCUCCACCAUCAGAGAGAUGACAUCGGCAACAGCUGCUGUGGCCUCUACCCCUGGAGAGACCACAACAGCAACAGCAGCUGUGGCCUCCACCCCUGGGGGGACAACAUCGGCAGCAGCCGUUACUGCCUCCACCCCUGGAGAGACAACAUCGGUAACAGCCAUUACUGCCUCCACCCUCGGAGAAAUGACAUCGGCAACAGCUGCUCCUGCCUCAGCAACAGCAACUGUGGUCUCCACCCUCCCUGAGACGGUGGCAACAGCCGCUUCUGCUUCCACCUCUGGAGAGACGACUUCAGCAACAGCCCCUCCUGCCUCCACCCUCAGAGAGGAGACAACGAUGGCAACAGCUGCUUCCGCCUCAACCCUCGGAGAGACGACAUUGACAACAGCCACUCCUGCCUCCACUCCUGGAGAGACAACUUCAGCAACAGCCACUCCUGCCUCCACCCUCAGAGAGGAAACAACGAUGGCAACAGCUGCUUCUGCCUCCACCCUCGGAGAGAUGACAUCGGCAACAGCUGCUGUGGCCUUUACCCCUGGAGAGACAACUUCAGCAACAGCCAUUACUAUCUCCACUCUCGGAGAGAUGACCGGAACAGCCGCUUCUGCCUCCACUCUCAGUGAGACAGUGGCGACAGCCGCUGCUGCUUCCACCUCCGGUGAGAUGACAUCAGCAACAGCCGCUCCUGCCUCCACCAUCAGAGAGACGACGUUGGCAACAGCUGCUGUGGCCUCUACCCCUGGAGAGACCACAACAGCAACAGCAGCUGUGGCCUCCACCCCUGGAGAGACAACAUCGGCAGCAGCCGUUACUGCCUCCACCCCUGGAGAGACAACAUUGGUAACAGCCACUCCUGCCCCCACCCUCAGAGAGGAGACAACGAUGGCAACAGCUGCUUCCGCCUCCACCCUCGGAGAGAUGACAUCGGCAACAGCUGCUGUGGGCUCCACCCUCAGUGAGACGGUGGCAACAGCCACUCCCGCCUCUACCCUCAGACAGGAGAUGACUGCAACAGCCGCUUCUGCCUCCACCCUCGGAGAGACCACAAUGGCAACAGCCGCUUCCGCCUCCACCCUCGGAGAGAUGACAUCGGUAACAGCUGCUGUGGCCUCUACCCCUGGAGAGACAACAUUGGCAACAGCCAUUACUGCCUCCACCCUGGGAGAGACGACAGCAACAGCAGCUGUGGUCUCCACCCUCCCUGAGACAGUGGCAACAGCCGCUUCUGCUUCCACCUCUGGAGAGACGACUUCAGCAACAGCCGCUCCUGCCUCCACCAUCAGAGAGACGACGUUGGCAACAGCUGCUAUGGCCUCUACCCCUGGAGAGACCACAACAACAACAGCUGCUUCCGCCUCCACCCUCGGAGAGACAACAUCGGUAACAGCCAUUACUGCCUCCACCCUCGGAGAGAUGACAGCAACAGCAGCUGUGACGUCCACCCUCAGUGAGACAGUGGCAACAGCCACUUCUGCUUCCACCUCUGGAGAGAUGACUUCAGCAACAGCCACUCCUGCCUCCACCCUCAGAGAGGAGACAACGAUGGCAACAGCUGCUUCCACCUCCACCCUCGGAGAGACAACGCCGGCAGCAGCUGUUACUGCCUCCACCCCUGGAGAGACAACAUCGGUAACAGCCACUCCUGCCUCCACCCUCGGAGAGAUGACAGCAACAGCAGCUGUGAUGUCCACGCUCAGUGAGACAGUGGCAACAGCCACUUCUGCUUCCACCUCUGGAGAGAUGACUUCAGCAACAGCCACUCCUGCCUCCACCCUCAGAGAGGAGACAACGAUGGCAACAGCUGCUUCCACCUCCACCCUCGGAGAGAUGACAUCGGCAACAGCUGCUGUGGGCUCCACCCUCAGUGAGACGGUGGCAACAGCCACUCCCGCCUCUACCCUCGGACAGGAGAUGACUGCAACAGCCGCUUCUGCCUCCACCCUCGGAGAGACCACAAUGGCAACAGCCGCUUCCGCCUCCACCCUCGGAGAGAUGACAUCGGUAACAGCUGCUGUGGCCUCUACCCCUGGAGAGACAACAUUGGCAACAGCCAUUACUGCCUCCACCCUGGGAGAGACGACAGCAACAGCAGCUGUGGUCUCCACCCUCCCUGAGACAGUGGCAACAGCCGCUUCUGCUUCCACCUCUGGAGAGACGACUUCAGCAACAGCCGCUCCUGCCUCCACCAUCAGAGAGACGACGUUGGCAACAGCUGCUAUGGCCUCUACCCCUGGAGAGACCACAACAGCAACAGCUGCUUCCGCCUCCACCCUCGGAGAGACAACAUCGGUAACAGCCAUUACUGCCUCCACCCUCGGAGAGAUGACAGCAACAGCAGCUGUGACGUCCACCCUCAGUGAGACAGUGGCAACAGCCACUUCUGCUUCCACCUCUGGAGAGACGACUUCAGCAACAGCCACUCCUGCCUCCACCCUCAGAGAGGAGACAACGAUGGCAACAGCUGCUUCCACCUCCACCCUCGGAGAGACAACGCCGGCAGCAGCUGUUACUGCCUCCACCCCUGGAGAGACAACAUCGGUAACAGCCACUCCUGCCUCCACCCUCGGCGAGAUGACAGCAACAGCAGCUGUGACGUCCACCCUCAGUGAGACAGUGGCAACAGCCACUUCUGCUUCCACCUCUGGAGAGACGACUUCAGCAACAGCCACUCCUGCCUCCACCCUCAGAGAGGAGACAACGAUGGCAACAGCUGCUUCCACCUCCACCCUCGGAGAGACAACGCCGGCAGCAGCUGUUACUGCCUCCACCCCUGGAGAGACAACAUCGGUAACAGCCACUCCUGCCUCCACCCUCGGCGAGAUGACAGCAACAGCAGCUGUGACGUCCACCCUCAGUGAGACAGUGGCAACAGCCACUUCUGCUUCCACCUCUGGAGAGACGACUUCAGCAACAGCCACUCCUGCCUCCACCCUCAGAGAGGAGACAACGAUGGCAACAGCUGCUUCCACCUCCACCCUCGGAGAGACAACGCCGGCAGCAGCUGUUACUGCCUCCACCCCUGGAGAGACAACAUGGGUAACAGCCACUCCUGCCUCCACCCUCAGAGAGGACACAACGAUGGCAACAGCUGCUUCUGCCUCCACCCUCGGAGAGACGACAUCGGCAACAGCCACUCCUGCCUCCACCAUCAGAGAGGAGAUGAUAACAGCCGCCUCCGCCUCCACCCUCGGAGAGACGACGUUGGCAACAGCUGCUGUGGCCUCUACCCCUGGAGAGACCACAACAGCAACAGCUGCUUCUGCCUCCACCCUCAGAGAGGAAACAACGAUGGCAACAGCUGCUUCUGCCUCCACCCUCGGAGAGAUGACAUCGGCAACAGCUGCUGUGGCCUUUACCCCUGGAGAGACAACUUCAGCAACAGCCAUUACUAUCUCCACUCUUGGAGAGACGACAGGAACAGCCAUUACUGCCUCCACCCUCGGAGAGAUGACAGCAACAGCAGCUGUGGCAUCCACCCUCAGUGAGACGGUGGCAACAGCUGCUCCUGCCUCCACCUCUGGAGAGACGACUUCAGCAACAGCCACUCCUGCCUCCACCAUCAGAGAGGAGAUGACAACAGCCGCCUCCGCCUCCACCCCUGGAGAGACAACAUUGGCAACAGCUGCUCCUGCCUCCACCCUUGGAGAGACGACAGCAACAGCAACUGUGGUCUCCACCCUCCCUGAGACGGUGGCAACAGCUGCUUCUGCUUCCACCUCUGGAGAGACGACUUCAGCAACAGCCACUCCUGCCUCCACCCUCAGAGAGGAGACAACAAUGGCAACAGCCGCUUCCGCCUCCACCCUCGGAGAGACGACAUCGGCAACAGCUGCUCCUUCCUCCACCCCCGGAGAGACCAUAUCAGCAACAGCUGCUGUGGCCUCCACUCCUGGAGAGACGACAGCAACAGCAGGUGCAACCUCUAGCUUUGGUGAGACCCCUGCAACAGACGCUACUGCCUCCACCUUCAGUCCGACAUCCGCAACAGCUGCUAGUGCUUCUACCUUUUGA